GAUCUGCGCGCUGCACUCGCCAGUAAGACUCACUUUCAUAACGCAGCGCACGCUUUCUGUCUGGAAACUUUCAAAAAGGAUUCGUUAUAAACUCAUCACCUUCAUGUCGGCACUGCUGAAUAUUUCCUCACCGAUGCUAUGGUUACCUUUAUUACGAUCUUACAGGUGAAUCUAGUGAUGUCCAUCUUGCUGUACGUGAUGUUCCUCGCGUACCUCUAUGGUAUCUCAGUUUCUACGAUGGACAAGAAGCGCCCCACGCAGGACCCCAUCAACACGCUCAUCAUAAAGCUCCUGCAGGCCGACAUCAGCCGCAGUCGUCAGAAGCAGGACGACGCUGUUUCUUACUCCACCAUAAAGACACCUGCAGUGGCUGACUACAGGGAGAAAGUCAGCGGCCAGCCUGUAACGGACAUCUCGAUUGAGCUUCUGCGUCAGCACAAACAUUACAACUCGCCGCGCGUGCUCCUCAGCGACCGGCCUCCGCUGCAGCCGCCACCGCUCUACCUCAUGGACGACUUUGUCAGCAACCAGGAUGGCAGCGGCACCAACAAGACGCGGCAGAAACGCAACACUGAGCACAAGAGCUACAGAGCGGAGUAUUCUGUGUGCGAAAACAUCAGCCUGUGGGUGAACAGGACCACGGCUGUGGAUGAUCACGGACAAGUGGUGACGAUUUUGAGGUCCUUCAAUGCGGGACGCAGAAUUAUCCAGCAGUACUUUUAUGAGACAAGAUGUGACACAAGCAAGUCCCAAAAGGGCAGCUGUCAAGGUAUUGACAAGAAGCACUGGAACUCGCAGUGCAAAACCUCGCAGUCUUAUGUGCGUGCUCUCACGCAGUAUAAAUCAUCUGUGGGAUGGCGCUGGAUACGAAUAGACACCUCGUGCCUCUGCGCGAUCUCACGCAAACACCGUAGGACAUGAAAAACACUGCAGCGACUUCUCUGCUAUCUCACUUAUGUUCCCUGGGGGGGCUGUAAAUAUAUAAAUAUAAAUUAUUAUUUAAGUUAUAUGGAAUGCAUAUAGUUUAUACAUGUCUAUGUAUAAUGUAUAAAUAUACUUGUUAUUUGUUGUUAUUGUUAUAUAUCUUAAAAAAAAAAAACUUACAGUAACUUGCAAUGCCGCUAAGCUGCAGGAGUAUUGCAUGCUUAAUUGUGCCUUGCUCAAAUAUCAGAGUUAGAGGACAUGUCACUCCACUAGACCUGGACCUUGGGAACAGUUGCAAUGGAAAACACAUAUCACUCAAUAUCAAAUUAACUUCAGUAUUGUUCAUGAAAACUAGUUUUUCUACUGAAACAGGUUGCUAGUAAAUCCUCUUUGGGAAUGAGAAAACGAAUCACCGUUGUUGUUGUAUAUUGAAUGGGAAUGUGUAAACAUACAGUGUAUCAAACCUGCAUGAAAUACCUAAGAAAUACAUAUUUUUCUAAGCACUCCUAUUAGUGUUUUAUAGGUGCAGAGAGUCAAUCCUAGCAGAACACAAGAAAUUGCUUUUAGCACAUUGCAACAUAGCCGCAAUAAAGUGGGAACGAAAGCAGCCAAGUGUUAACUUUUAAAAUUUCUCACCGUAGCUUUGUAGCCCUGAGGAAGGUCCUCAACAAAUAACUAACCACACACUUCUCUGGCAUCCCUCCCAGCCCUCCAGAAACCACCAGAAAUAAGCUUACUGCACUUUUAACCUCUUUUCGAUCACCUGCCAUGAUCAGUAGCAACUUCACCACCUUAAAGAGCGUAGCCAGCACACGCAAUAGCAGCAUGUAAACAAAGGGCCGUUGCUAAUAACACUGUAGUCUUACCCAGAGGUAAAGCUGCCUUAAGACCAUGUACAAACAUGCAGAGCUGGGAUUUGAUCACAUAAUCUCCCCCUUAAGAGGGUUUCGCUCUUGUCAGACUCAUCUUAGGAGAUGAGCAUUUCACCGGUGCGCUGUGGCUAAAAAAAGGCCUGCCGUGUUUUCCCCCUGUACAUUUAUGUAAAGAGACUUGCUCAAUUGCUAGUCAGGAGACAGUAAAGGUAAAGAGAUUUCAGUAAGAUUUGCGAUACACGAUCACUUUACAAAACAUGGCCUUCUCUUCAACAAAUCAAUGUUUUGUAAUUUACAAUAAAUACGUUAUACCCAAGAUGACAUGUUUGUCAGCAAUGCAUAUAAGAAGCAGAUGGACAGCUCAUUUGAAGAGCAUUAGCUUGGCUGUUCUUCAGGCUCAUCUUUGUGCCACAUGUCCCAGGUCAACUCUGAUUUGUCCAAAUGUCCAGAAUGAACAUCAUGCAGAAACCAGAAUUUACCACCUACAUAUAAUACUUACUUCUGUACCAGCAUAUAAAACUAGCAGGGUGAGCUGGAAUGUGGUCCAAACCUAUUACUACAUGAAGUAAUGUGCCAAGACUUCGUCCUCCAAGGUCUGAACAUAAAACUUUACUAGCGUUAAAUUGUCUAUUAUAAUGUGGCUAUAAAAAGAUCAGUAUAAAAAAAUUGUUUUAGUGCUUUUUAAUGCUUCACGGGUUGUUGGAGAAAGGCACUUUAAACAAGCAAAAGGUUUCGAUUUUUUUGUGGCUGACGGCUCUCUUUGAGUGCUUAAAUUGGAUGCGAGGUUUUGAAACUCAGAUUCGAAACAGAACCGCAGACCACCGAGGAUACAACACACCUUUCUCGAUCUCGGAUUGCGUCCUGCUUCGGUAAAAACAGGAUAAAAGCUGAACACAGGAACUCUGUUUUCCAAGGAUGCUGUUGGGAAUUGGCCCACACAGUUGUCUAAAUCCAUUGCCUUUCCUGUAACACACAUUAUUGCACUGGACCAUGAGGAUCCCUAAAUGAUUUUGACUUCUUGGAUGACACUCACUGAAACAUUCCCAUGUAUUUUAUGCUGUCUUGAAAAUCCCUGCUGGUGUCAAGCAUACUGUGUAGGAUUCUUGCUGCUUUAAACCACUACAACCAACCUUAUAAUGAACCAAUGGCCACCGCUGACACCCAAGGACAAGGACUCUUAUGCUGAAAUAAAGCUGUGCCAAAACACACCAAACUCUAUUUAAGCACUACAUGCUUCCUAACAAUAUUCAGACAUGAAAAUUAUCCCCGGAGUGUCAAAACAAAUUUGAAUAUCGCAAGACAAAUCCCUAUUUCAGUAAAGAAGAAAGACUCAUUUGCUUGAUGGUCGUUGCUUAGCGAAGUAGUUUCUUUUGGCUGUACGCUCUUUUGGCAUUACACAUUGUUUUUUGUUUCGUUUUUUUUAAAAAAAGAUUUUCCCCAUAAUGACAGUGUUUCUUAAAAAUGUCUUUCUCAUGCUAAUACUUGAAGGAGCGCUGUUUAUCUGGCUUACAACAUUGUCCUCUUUUCACUGCAAGGGCAGUCUGUGUGAGAUUCGUCUGAAUAAAGUUUUUUUUAAUCUUCCUGCUGAUUACAUCCUUUUGGGAAUCUAUGUGAAUACGGUUAUCUAGGGUUUUAAUAUUGCGCUUUAUAUGUUAAACAUUUCAGUCAACCACCGAUUACCAGAAAGGAACCCAGGAACCUUUCCCAGCCCCAAAUCAUGGGAUGAUCUGUGUGUGUGUGUUUCUAAUCAAACAAAACAGAACCCGAGGAACCAUGAGAAGAAGGCACAUAGGACUAAACAACCUUCAGUGACCUAUAAAUACAUUCGUUUGCCAGAGCCCACAGGAAGAAAAUAGCUCUGGGCUAUGGUUAAUUAGCAUAUAAUCCUCUUGCAGUGUGUUCUUAAGAGUAAAGCUUGAGACGGAGUAAUCUUGGAAAAAUCAUUGCUGAAAAAGAGUUAAAUGAGGUGAAAGGUCAAGCAAAAAAGGCUAACAAAUGCUUGAGUUUGUUUACAAGUCAAUAUUGUGACAGUAAUUGGGAUUAUAAGAUAUAGUGACCUUAUUUGACCAUUUGGACAAGGGAUGCCAUUGCACUGAAUAGCAAAGCAAGGGCCAUUUGAGCUCAAAUAAUACAGGAGACUGACUUUUCUGAGACAUUUUUGCAAUGGCUUUUAAUCAACUGCUGUUCUGAUGGUUUUUAGCGGAUGUUUGUUUCACUCAAGUGUACUGUAGUUCAUUCGUGUUAAUUAUGAAUAUUGCUAAAUCAGGUCGUGUCAAUUUGUUUUAGUCCUUUUUAAAACUGUAUCUACUUAUUUAUCGUUAAAAAAUAUAACAAACUAUAUUUUGUGAAGAGUGAGCUUGUGCCUUUAAAUGCUAUUUUGCUUCAGUAUGUUCACAUGCAAUGACGUUUAUUUUUUAAGUGUGACUUAAAGGCAUAGUUCACAGAAAAAUCAUAAGCUCUGUUAUUAUUUACUCCCCCUUUUGUCGUUCCACACCUGUACAAUUCACUUUGUAUGAAUGAUUUCUUUGGCUUGCUCAGUUGGGGUUUAAAAGACAAUUAAUAUUUAGUAUUAUUAUUGAAUUAAUUGCACUGACAUUAUCAGAUGUAUUUAAACUAAACUGAGCUCAAUAAUGAUCUAAGAGCUAAUAAUGUACUAAGCUAAAACAAUAUCUUCUGUAGAGCUGCUUUAUAUGACGGAUGAAUUGUAUAACUUUAAAACUUUGAUUAUAUGCUAUUGUCCUGUCUAUUAAUGUGAAGCUGCUUUAAAACAAUCUGUA